GGGGCAACGGUGUCCGUGGGCCGCUCGCGCUUUCGUCGACAGCAAAAAGAUUUCGUUUUUACUUGUCUCUGGCGCGAAGUGAUGGCUACCGCUUUGUUCAGUCGUCAGCUUGGCUGCAGAAGAAGCAGGAGCUGGGGCAGGAACGUGGUGCAUGCGAGCGGCGGAGCGAUGCUCUUGUUGAUGUUGGGAUCUGUCUUGGCCAAAGCUGUCCGGCUCAACCCUGAGAGUACGCUCCAGCCAGCCGACCUGACGGGCAGGUUCGGUGCGGAGUCGACUACGAGAAAUAGCUGGCGCGGGAGCAGGGGCUCGGGGGGGCUGCAGCAACAGGCAGAGUGGGCAACGGGCGAUAACACCACAAGCUGCAGCACCCCGAAUAGCAUGAGCGGCGACCAUGGCGAAAGUCGCGGAAGGUUCCUGCGGGACCAUGCAGUAGGCAUCGGGGUGGGCGUGGCCGCGGCCAUGUCGUACAAGUCGGAGCCGGCGGGUGCUCUUUUCGAGGACUUCAAGAAGGAGGGGAAAUGCCCCGCGUACAAAGCCGUGGACAACUUCGACAUCGACAAGUACAUGGGCAUAUGGUACGAGCUAGCGUACCACGAUUGGACCCAGAUCAAGAUCUGCGGGUGCACGCGGUUCAACAUGACGAGGACGGACGACCGAAUAAAGGACGCCUUCACCACCAAGUGCCCCUACGAGGCCGACGAGGGCGAGACGUUUCUCAUUAACAUGCGCGAGGUCAUCGACCGCAGCUCUCCGGGAAGCUUCAAAGAGUACGCCUUCUACAACAAGUGGGACAACAAGGUGGUGGCACUGUGGAGGACUAUCGAGGGGCAGUACGAGCGAGCGAUACAGCUGCAGUGCGUGGAGAUCCUGGGGAGGCGGGCCUUCGUUGGCAUCAACUUCCUGAGCCGCGAGCCCCUGGUGGCCCCGCGAGCGAUGUCGGAGAUGUUCCAGAAGGCGAAGGCGCUCGGCCUGGCGGGGAUAGGAGGGAGCCCCGCAGAGAUGGAGAUCGUUCGGCACGAGGGGUGCCGAUAUCCCACCUCCUCGGGGAACAAGGAGAGCCGCAGUUGGGGGUCGGCGUGGGGGGUGAACACGCUGGCGUUAUAG